AUGGGAAAGAAAAAUAGAAAGGGAAAAGAGAAUAGUACAAAUAGAAAUUUUUUCCGAAAGGUAGAAAAUACUAAAGAUUCCAGUCCUAAUCUGUGCGCUGCAUCCCAAAUCUGCACAACCGGUGUAGAAAAAGAGGCUAGCCCAACGAUUGAUGUAUCGCUUGUUUCCAAGAAAGAUGGAAGCACGAAAACAGAAAGCAGUGUUUGUUUCGAUUAUCCAACUAUAGGCAAUUUAGUUUCUUCUGUGGAAAAACUGUAUAUUUUAAAAGAAUUAGAGGCCGCGUUCCCAGACAUAGGAAAAACCAUAAUCAAAGCUAUUUUGAUUGCCUCCCAAGGGGUUUUGGAACCGGCGUUUAACUCUUUACUUUACUUUUCAAAUCCAACGGAAAACACAGCUUUCGCACUACCAAUGAAGCCUAUAAGUGCGCAAGAGGUUAGUAAAAUUGAAAUUCCAGAUAUAUUACAGUAUGAAAUACUGGACGAUUUCGAAAAUGAAGCCUCAUCAGAAGAAAUGGAAGGUCAAAUGUACACGUCUGUAACAUUCACAAACACUGAGCCGGAACAGAGCUCUGUAGUAAAUCCCACUCAUACUGAAAGGAAGGCCAAACCAAACCGAGGAGUGGCUGAAUCGACAAGAAAUUCGACCAUGGCAGACGAGCACAGUGCGAUUUCAUCGAAGGAAAAAAGUGUGCGUCUUGAAGAAAAGAAGGGCAUAAAUGGUUUAACAGGAGCCGCUGUGAAAGCCAUUUCCAUCGCUAAAAAAAAAAGCGAACCAUCGAACAACUUGUUUGACAUUUUAGAUUGUGACGAGUCUGACGAAGACGAAGAGCAGGACAUUAAAGUCCACAUAUCAAAUCAAGAAAACAAAGACGCGGGAACUCCAGAGAGACCGGUCUCGAAAAAGACGGGCGGCAAAACUCAAUCCGAUGAUAUUACAAGCAAGCCGCCGGUUGAGACUAGCAACGACGGAGGGUACAAAUCUCCCUUCGGCACUGAUAGCUGUGAUUUUUUCCCUAUCGAUGCAAAAAAUCCAAGGCAGGUGAAUUCCAGCGCAGGGAACAAGAUGUAG